ACCGAUCGGGAUUGCCGCUUUGUGUGGAAGAACAGACCUCAGUGGUUUCCGAUAUUCUUUUGCUUUCUAUUAGUUGUGGGUGUUUUCUGGUCGAAGCGUGUGCCCCACAACACAGUCAAAAUGCAGGCCAUAAAGCUGAAGAUGCAGACGCUGACCAAGGAGCGUGAUGACGCCCUUGCCAGAGUAGCCGCCUUGGAGGAGCGCGUCGAGAAGUCGCAGGGAAAGUCUGCGGACACUGACACUCUGCUCAGCGAAAUUGCCACCAAGCAAGACGCUUGUGAGUCUCGGCUGGAGACUUCCCAGGAGAACAUGGUCACUAUGCAACAGAGCCUCAAUGAGGUUGGAAGCCAGAUAGAUGACUGUCAAAUUAGAAUUAGCCGUAGUUUGAAAUUAUCUGGCCAGGACGAUGCCAAGUCAAACAGUAUGUCUGCCAGAUACAACACCGCAAUGAAAGCUGCUGACGAUGCAUCAUCCACCAUAGAAACCCUAAAUAAGCGCAUCGAUACCCUGGAGGAUCAGCUCGUGGCCACUGAUGACCGUGUUUCCAAGGCCGAUGAUGCCGUGGCCUCUAUGGACGGCGAGCUUCGAUCAAUCGUCGACCAGAUCCGCAGUUGCAAUGCCUCUGCCUCGGGUCAGGGCAACCGGACAAACAAACUCAAUUCGCUCAUCGACACCAAAGAGAAGGCGAAACGGAGCUGUGCCGGACGCCUGACCACAGCAGAAUCGAAGGCCACCGCAUUGGAGGCUCGUCUAGUUGAGGCCGAACAGGAGGUUGUCGAGUGGCAGGAGAAGACAGAAAACGCCAAGAAGGAGUUCGAGGAGUCGGUGAGCAUGCUUGCUGAAAUUUGAAUUGUCUAUAUAGUUUUUGUUGUCGUCUUCGUCUCCUCGGUGUCACUGGUCAUUUGUUCCAUGAUGCUUAUUUAUUUCAAACAUUCUGAUGUAAUUUAAAUAAACAAAAAAUACUACUAUAUUACCUGCAAGAGAGCUAGAGGAUUAACUUUCCACAGGAAGACCUCCAUAACGCACCGCUGACAUCACCAGAUAACGCUUUUGGAUGAUUGGCGUCAUAGUCACACCAGUUAUAACUUCGAAUUA